AUGAAAGCUAAUAACCAGAAACGCACGCACGAUAACGACACGUCCUCGUCUCCUGUUUCGCCCAAGAAGCAGAAGAUCAGAGACAAGGACUCUGGUAAAAACACUCGAACGUUUUCUACCAGAGAUAAGUUCGAUACAAGAUUACUGUCCAAAAUAGUGUGGGUGAUGUGCGAAACCAGAGGGCUUUGGUGGCCUGGGGAGAUAAUAAACGAGAACAAGUCUGAAAUCCCUCUCAAAAUAAAAUGCUUCGGUCGGACAAAACCAAACACAAUAGCAAUUUCCGAUCCAUCUUCAGAGCGCAUCGUCCCCUUCCGCCAUUCGUUAUCGCCCACAUUUCGCGAAGAUGGAAUAAAGUCUAGUCGAAAAGACGAAUUUUUAAGGGCCUUUGAACUUGCUCAAGAGAAAGAUGUCGAGGAUAAUGAUGGAUUACCUACCGCAUAUUGGGCAAUACAAACUGUGGUCUCUCAGAAAUCGCAAAGGAAAAGGAUAGAUAAGCCUAUAGCAUUUGGACAGUCAAACGAUAACUAUUCAAAUUUGGAUCAUGACAAGAUGCAAGACGGUUAUUCUACCGAGCUAUCAGAGUUGGAUGCGAG